AUGGCCCUAGGCGUGGCUAUUAUCGCCUUCAUCCUCUUCUGCGCAUGGCGGCUGUAUGCCGCCGUCCAGCUCAAGAAGAAGCUUCCCGAGGGCGCGAAGCCUCUUCCAGGACCCAAGGGUCUGCCUCUCAUCGGACGUGUUCAUGAUGUACCGGCGGAAGCAGCGUGGCUCAAGUUCUACGAGUGGAGCAAGGAGUAUGGCCCCAUCUACCAGCAAGAGAUGUUCGGAUCCGUCCACGUCUGGAUCUCCUCGGAGCAGGUCGCCCAUGACCUCCUGGGCCGCCGCAACGUCAUCUACUCUGACCGGCCCAUGAUCCCCAACCUCCCGGACAACCGAACGAGCGGCGAUUACCUUGCCCUCCUCGGCAGGACAGAAACAUGGAAGCGCCAGCGCAAGCUCUGCCAUCACCUCAUGAACCAGAGUGACAAGCAGGAGCUCCACGACUAUCCGACCCGCGAGCGCGAUCGUUUCCUUUGGCUCCUCUCCCAGAAGCCCGGCGAAUACCGCGAGUACAUUGAGCAGUUCACCAGCCGGACCGUCAGCCGUCUCUCCUGGGGCACCGCCCACCCGGCCCGCGUGCUGCGCAAGACGACGUUCGGCCUGCUCGAGACCAUCUCGCCCGCCGGCGCCCUGCCCAACGUCAUCUCGUUCCUCAUGCACGUCCCGGCCGCCCUGUCGCCGUGGAAGAAGAAGGAGAGGGAGCGCCACGAGCUCGAGUCGAGGCAGUUCACGAGCAACGUCGACUUCGUCAAGGACCAGAUCUCGCAGGGCACCGCGCAGCCGAGCUUCAUCGGCACCUUCAUCAACGAGGGGCUCGGCAACGAGAAGGGCAAAUGGGGCGAUCUGCAGGAGGCCCAGAACGUCGUCGGCCUCAUGGCCAUCGCCGGCGCCCUGACCAUCGGCAGCCCCAUCCAGAGCUUCCUCCUCGCCAUGCUGCACUACCCGGAGUGGCAGACCCGCCUGCAGAGUGAGAUUGACGAGGUCUGCGGCGGCAAGUGCCCGAUGUGGACGGAUCGUGAGAAGCUGCCCCUGUUGAGGGCUGUCGUCAAGGAGGUUAUCCGCUGGAGGCCCCCUGUUCCUACGGGCAUCCCCCACGCUGUCGAGAAGGAUGACGUCUACAACGGCUACUUCAUCCCUGCUGGCGCCACGAUCCAUGCUCUUGAGUGGUGA